UCUCUUGGAUAUGUAUUGCAAUGUAUUAAAAUAUCUAUUGAUCGAAGAAUUAUAUCCGGCUGUAACGGUUGGAUUUGAUUAUGAUAUCGAUGUCAGUGAAGAAGCUAUAGGAAUUACAAUACAAAUGAGCGGGUUUGGUCAAAAACUGCCAACCUUGUUGAUGCUUAUUGCAAACUCUAUAGUACGUCUAGUCUCUGUUUCGAAAGACUUGUUUGAAGUUAUUAAAACGCAACAAUUACGGGCAUAUUACAACAAAUUUAUGGAAACUGAGGAAUUCAUCAAGAAUAUGAAAUUAUGCAUAUUAAAGAAACCCUAUUAUACGUACGUUCACAAGUACGAAUAUCUAUAUAAAUAUAUUAAUUUUGAAGACUUCCAAGGCUUUGUAAAGUCCUUCAACAAUUUUCUGUCUAUCGAGUGUCUUGUGCAAGGCAAUAUAAUGAAAGGCUGUACGAUCGGAAUUAUAACAUCAUUCAUCACACGAAUUAAUUGUUUUAACUUUAGUAAUAUUACGCAACAAUUUAUUAGAGUCGCAGUAAUAUCCAAACUCCAAUCUAAUUAUUACAAAAUAAAAUUGAAAAAUAUUAACCGUACAUGUGUCGACUCUGUAGUAACAUAUUAUUAUCAAAUCGGUAUUGCUACAAUUGAAUCAUCGGCCUUAAUCGAUUUAAUACUCAUGAUAAUGAAAGAAUGGUUAAUAAAUGAGUUCCGAACUAUAGGAUUUAGUAACGUUUCGUGUGACCGUACAGAUAUCAACAAAAUAUUGGGAUUUUCUAUUACUGUUUAUAUUCAGGAAAAUAAAUACACAUUCGAAUAUGUUGAUGAUCUGAUCCAGAAUUUUCUGAGAUUGUUUCGCGUCAAGUUACCACAAUUCUUAGAAGGCAAAUUAGAUCAUGUCAAAGAAAGUCUGAGAAUUUUAAAGCAAUCUGAUGAUGCACAGAUUUUAAAAAACGAAGUAAACAGAAACUGGAGUGAGAUCACGAAGCAGCAAUACAUAUUUCACAGAUAUGAAAGUGAAGCGCUUGCAAUAGAGAACAUAAAUAUGUAUAAUCUGAUGAAAUUUUUUAAUGAGUACAUAGGUCAAUCUUUAUUUAAAAAAUUGCGCAUAUAUGUUGAAGGAACUCCAAAGGAAAUUGCAUUAAAUACAGAGUCUCAUAAAAAAGAUAUGUACUCUAUUUCGGACUGUUUAAUCGACAAUUUGCAGCCCAUUAAAAUAUUGCAAUAUUACGAGCACUGUGAAAUGUAGAUGAUUACAACGUAGAUGAUUACAAAAAGUUACGUAGUAUGUAUAUAUAUAUAUACUGAGUGAAUCAUAGUCGUUGUAUCAACUUUUUACCCUAAGUGAGAAAAUUAUCGACUUCAUAUCUAA